AUGAAGACAGACCCUACCAAGCUGGUCGAGAAGAUGAUUCGCACCCCCAAGUGCUCCCGGUGUCGGAACCAUGGCUAUCUGGUGCCAGUCAAGGGCCACUCGGGCAACUGCCGCUGGAAGCAGUGUGCCUGUGAGAAAUGCUACCUGAUCAGCGAGCGCCAGAAGAUAAUGGCUGCGCAGAAAGUGCUCAAGAGACAGGCGUCCGAGGAGGAGCAGGAGGCGACCCUGGGCGCUCAGGGGCCUAAGCCGGCCACUGGGGCCGCGGCCGCCAUCCCGGGCUCAAGCCUCCGUCGGCUGUCGCCCGCCGCUUCGGGGGACUCGGAGCCCAGACCCCACGGCCGUGCGAUCUCUGGCUUCCCCGAGAGGCCCCCGCGGGGCCCCAGUCCGGGCCCGAGCGCCUUCCACCCGGUUGUGAGCGGCCGCAGCCACAUGGGGCCGAGCGAAGGAGCGGCAGCUGCGAUGUCCAGUUCCAUGGGGCCCCAGCUGGAGGCAGAGGCCGCGGCCAGGGGAUGUCCCGGCCGCCUGGAGCUGCGCAGGCCUCUGCGGCCUGUGUCCAGCCCACCGUUCGCCGACCUCGGACUCCCUCUGAGCAUGAACUCAGAUUGUAUGGCGGGUUCUGAGUACCUGGAGAGAGAGCCUUCCAGGCUGUACCCCAGCUGCUCCGUGCAUUCCUACCGCCCGUUCCCGCUGGGCUACCAGGAUGUGCCCCCAGCUGCAGGGAUUCCUCUGCAGCAAGGCUUCCGGCACAUCUCUUGCAGCCUCCACCAUGGAGGAAGCUUGGUGUCGGAACCAGUGGGAGACUUCCAGCCAAGCUACUAUCCUCCCACCCCGUCACCACAGCCCCAGUUCCUCCCUCCAGGCUUCCUCUCUGCGCUCCACUUCCUCCCACCACCACCUCCGCCGCCACCACCAUCUUCUUUCUCACUGACUGUCCUGUCUGACACGGAAAAGGAAACCACCGAAGAACAGGAUGCAGAGACGCCACGUGAGUCCAGCCAGCCCUCUUCUCAGGAGCAGUCCAACUAAGCCCAGGGCCUCCGGGACCGACAAAGUGGGCUGUCAAGGGGGGACAGCAAUGAUUUUCUUGCUGGCGUUGAAUAAUGUGAGGGGAGAAAGGGUACUGAUAGGUGUAAGAUGGCAACUAAUUCCCAUUUCAAGGUAGGAGGAAGGAGGGUGAUUUCUCAGGUUACCCCAAUCCUGAGAUCUGGGGUUGUUUGUUACCAGGGGAGGGCCAGGGCUCUGAGGAGUCGGGGGGCUGGUGGAAGCUUGUGUUUAGGAAUGAAUUUAACCAUCCCUGCAUGUGCCGCCAUUUAUCAGACUAACCCCCAUAGGCGGUCUUUGAUUUCCACAGGCCCCGCUACAGGACAUGCAGCCUUCUGCGGCCUUUGCCUGGUCCCCAGCUGGGUGCAGUGUUGUGCUGGGGCCACCAGAUAGCAAGCUUCCAGCCCAUCUGGGCAGCCAGUCUGAGCAGCCAGGACCAGGGGCGCUGACAGCAGGUUCUGCAGCAUCCCUCCUUGCUUACCUGGCUCCGGCUGUCUGCUUGGCCACUGCCCCUUGUCCCUCCUCCACGGGGUUUACCAGUCAGCAUCCUGACCCCUGGAGUGGCUUCAUUCCCCUCCAUAAAGUUUGAGCAGUUUUAAGCAUCAUUUCUGGUUAAAAAAAAAAAAAAAAGAAUCUAUUAGUUUGACUAUUUGAUGUUUUUAUAGUGAUUACCAACUUAGAAAAAUAGGCUGUUCAUAAGCACUGAUGCAGUUCACAGGGAAUAGAAUGAUGUCCCAAAUUGCCUAUGAUGUCAGCCGUGCCUUUUCUCGGGACAGUUGACUGUUGAAAUAAAAUGAGCAACGCGACUCCUGUGGAAAGUUUAUUCUCUCUUUGAAUCCUUGUGGAAAGCAGCAUUGGGCAGGAACCUGGGUAGGGGAGUCAGGGGGCCUGGGUUUCUGUCUUUAUUAUUUUUUUUUAAGGUGAGUCCCCCCUUGUCUUAAUUAUCAAGUGAGAGGGUUGGGCCAGCCCGUAGGUUUCUUUACUUUUUUAAGCAGUGGAGACCUUUUAAGGAAAUUUGAUGCAGCUGCAAGAAACAAAGCUUUCUUGUAGCUUUUCUUCCCUAGCCCUUUUCAUGGUCCCUGCAGAGGGGCAUGGUUUAAACAGACACAGUUUGAUACCAUUCAGCUGUUUUAGGGUCCUAGGCUCUUGCCUUGGUUUCAGUUGCUCCUUCAUUUAAAAAACAUCCUGCAUCUCUGGUGGAUUCAGAGCCUGGCAAUCACUAGUUGUGCCCAUGAGAUGCCUGGAAUCUACUGGGAGAGACACAAAUAGAGAGCCCAAUGGAUCAGUGCUGGAGCAGUGGUAGAGGGGCUAUAGGGUGGUCAGGAAGGCCUCCUGGAGGAGUUGUCUCAACCGCAGCUUAAAGGGGAAGACUGAGUUAGGUGAGGAGAAGGAAGUUGGCACUCCCAGUAGUGGGGCAGGGGUGUCAGGACCUGGAGUGAAGGAUUCUAGGGUGCAGGGCAGCAUCCUGUCCUCUGUUCCGAGAAGGGCUGGCACCCAGGAGUUGGGUCCAGCAGGGGUAACAGCUGACCCGCUUUCUGUCUUGCCCAUGGGCAGGCAUGUCCGAGCAUCCUCCUGGGACAGGUAAGAGGAAUCAUUGAGAACUGAUACCCUAAGUGUUCUAACUGGACAUGCUAUCAGGAGGGAUCAGUCCCUUGAGAAGGACAUCAUGCUUGGUAAAGUAGAGGGUCAACAAAAAAGGAACACCCUCAAUGAAAUGGAUUGACACAGUGGCUGCAACAAUGGG